AUGGCAUCUCUAGCAACAUUUCAGGUGGAGAACGACAUUGUGGACGUCGACAGCACGCCCCAACAAGGAUUUGAUCGAGACGACCUGUACAAGUACGACGAUGUUGAACAAAAGGCGAUCCUUGCAGCCCAUCCAUGGAGAACAGAUCCCUCGUACUUUCGGAACGUGCUGGUGUCUUCAAUUGCAUUGGUGAAGAUGGCGAUGCAUGCUCGAUCAGGUGGUGCUAUUGAGGUCAUGGGAAUGAUGACUGGAAAGAUCUUGCCCAACACAUUUGUUGUCAUGGACUGCUAUCCUCUUCCAGUGGAGGGUACAGAGACAAGGGUCAAUGCCCAGCAGGAGGGUAUCGAGUUCAUGGUGGAGUAUCUGCAGGGCCUCAAGGACGUGGGACGCCGAGAAAACAUUGUCGGAUGGUACCAUUCGCAUCCCGGCUACGGUUGUUGGCUCAGUGGUAUUGACGUGGACACACAGUUUCAGAACCAGCAGUUCCAGGAACCGUUCCUGGCGGUGGUGGUGGACCCCAACCGAACCAUCUCAGCUGGAAAGGUCGAGAUCGGUGCUUUCCGAACCUAUCCCAAGGAUUACAAGCCCCCCAAGAAGGCUACUAAACAAAACCAGGACCAGAGCGUGCCUUUAUCCAAGGCCAAGGACUACGGAGCGCACUCUGAGCGAUACUACGAGCUGGACGUGUCAUUUUUCAAGUCCUCGCUGGAUGAAAACCUGCUGCAAUUACUCUGGAACAAAAACUGGGCCGCCACCUUAUCUCAGUCGACUAUUCAGCUAAACCACGACUACACAUCCAAGCUGAUGCUUGAUCUGAGUGAGAAGAAUGCACAGCUAGCGAUCGGGCUCGGCGAGAAAACUCCCCAGUCUCAGGGUCGAGGUUUCCGAGAGGCUAUGUCAAAGGCUGACAACGAGCCUCACACUAACCUGCUCAACUACAGCACAAAGGGCCAGUGGGAGGCUGUGAACCGGUCUGUAAAGGAUGGAGUUCAGAUCGGGUCCGACGAGCUGCAGGGUCUCAUGUCUCUUGAGAUCCAGAGACGGCUGUUUGGUCGAGCGAAGUAG